AUGGCACUGAAGGUAGCUGUAAUCGUGCUUCUAGCAAAUCUAGUCGCAACAUCGUACGGCUGGGGUCUUGAAGGUCAUCGAGUAACUGCUACGAUUGCUCAACACUUUCUGUCCCAAGCUGCGAAGGAUGCUGUAUACUCUAUCCUGGAUCCUCGAUAUAGGGGCCAACUGGGUCCUAUCGCAUCAUGGGCCGACGAAAUCAAACGAAAUCCCGCAUAUGCAUGGUCACGACCAUACCACUAUGUCGACUCGCACGACAACCCCCCAACAACAUGUCUCUUCAAAGCUAGUGACUGUGAAGACGGUGUAUGCGUCACUUCGGCUAUUGCAAACUAUACAAAGAUACUGCAGGACUGUCGUGUUACUAUGGCGUCAAAGAAUGAAGCUUUGAAGUUUCUAACUCAUUAUAUCGGAGACAUUGCCCAACCCCUCCACGUAUCAGGUCGCGCCCGCGGCGGUAAUGAAGCACACUGCACAUUCGACGGCCACUCAACCCAAUUCCACGCUGUAUGGGACUAUAUGCUCCUCGAAAAACACGUAAAAACAGAUUUCGCAUCAUCCGAAGAUAAAUUCACAUCCUAUCUCAUCGAGUCGCUUGAAUCCGGCCCCUUAUCGCACAAUCGUACCGAAUGGGAAUCAUGUAUUCCGGAUGCUGCCUCGCCGGAUGGCAUGACAUGUAUCUUGGAAUGGGCUACAGAUACAAACCAUAUCUCGUGUCCCGUAUGGGGCGCUUAUUCCACGUCAGGCGAUAUUGGGCGGGGAGCACCAUAUGAUUUGAUGGCACAAAUCUUGGAACUGCAGCUGGCUAAAGGUGGUGUUAGGUUGGCGGCGUUUUUGAAUGAGGCUUUGGGAAAGACGUGUUUUAGUUUGUGGGAUUAUGUGCCUGGUGGGCGUGUUGGAGUGUGGGGUGUAUGA